GCGUAGCUGAACCGCAGUAGCUUUCAAUUACUGCGCCAUUUGUAAUGUGGUUAUGAUUGGCGUCUGAGUUCCGAUAACUUAUAAAGGACAUUCUCAAAGAGGGUGACACGAUGUUAAUGGAGGGCGGGACCAUGGGAAACUGGUCUAUUCAACGGAAAGUUCGUUGGUUCCAUUUUUGUCACCGAUGUCAUGAUGAUUUUAUUCUGCUGAAUCUAGUGGUGCGGAGCUUCCGGAAGAUGGGCCGCCGAAUGUUGUGACGACAUUUUCAUGCAGCUCGACAUCUAUAAAAUUCCCUUGCUUUGGAGAGCCUGGAGUGCGUCUCUAUUCCCUUACUCACAUUCUCCAAUCAAUAUCCAUCAUGCCGAACCAAAAGAACGAUGCUCUCAACGAACAUUCUCCCGCCCAGAUGGUUGGCGGUAUGCGUGUCAAGCAAGCAAACCACGUCCCCUUGAAGCACGACACCAAGCACGAACAAGAGUCUGACUCCAAGGAUAUGGUCAGUGAAGAAGAAGCUGAAAAGAUGCGCCAGAAGGCUCUGUUGGAACGUCAAGAACGCGAAAUGGCCGCUGAAAAGGCUUCCCGAGAUGCCAACAUCUCCAAGAACGCAGGCAACAAUGUCAACAAGACCAUCCACAGCAUGCCUAUCCAGCCCAGAUCCCAGAACCACUAAAUGUCUUCCCUUCUUCCAGUUUGUACAGCUUGUAAAUAAACUUGUUUUUACGAAAAUAAUAUGUCACGUAUUUCU